CAAGAUGUCUCGUGUUGCAUGUCGCAGUCGUGUCACUGGUGCAGAAGUAGAUGAUGCUCUCUGUAAUGUAGCUAAUCGUCCGGAGCCAUCCGUAGAGUUGUGUAAUACUCAUACCUGUCCUCCUAGAUGGAUAGCUGAUGACUGGAGUCCAUGCAGUCGUCUGUGUGGUCCUGGGGUACGUGAGCGUAUGGUGGUGUGUGCCGAGGAAAAUAACGGCAUUAAAACCAGAGUUGCGGACAUAAUGUGCCCUUUACCAAAACCGCCAACACAAGAACAGUGUAUUAUGGAAGAGUGCCCAAAGUGGGAAGCUGAAGAGUGGACGGGUUGUUCCGUAUCCUGUGGCCAAGGCAUACAAAUGCGUGGCGUUGAAUGUAAAUCACCCGAUGGCAGACUGAGCGCCAAAUGUGAUCCUCUAACAAAACCCUCCAGUGUACAACAAUGUACCACAGGCAUUUCAUGUGAUGGUGGCUCCAUGAGUGGCGGCACCAUUAUUGUGGGUAGCAGUGGCCCACGGAAUCCCAUGGAUGAUGAUGAUGACAUGGACGAUGAUGAAGAGGAUGAUGAUGAAGAUUCUGAUGAUAUGGAUGAUGAGAAUAUAUCAUCAGAUGAUGCUUCCUAUAAUGAUCAACCAUCUAUGUAUUCACAUCACACUGUAAGUCGUUUGCAUCAAGAGGAAUCAGAUGGUCCGCGAACAAUGCGUUUAACUUCGGGUGGUUAUUCCAGAGAUCAUGAACCAUCAGAACCAAGUUAUAUUAAGGAUCUUGAUUGGUCACCCUGCAGUGUGACUUGCGGUGAGGGCAUUCGUAGACGUACACACAAAUGUAAAAUAUUUCUUGAAUACUCACGCACUUUGGCCACUGUUAAUGAUACUCUAUGCGAGGGCAUUAAGCCACACGAUGAGGUAGAACGUUGCGUGGAGGAACCCUGCAUGCUGCCAUCUCAUGGUUAUGAAGACCAAUAUCCACGUGAUUCCAUUAAAGUGGGAGUUUCGGAACCAGGCAAAACAUAUGUAUGGCGUGAACAAGGCUACACCUCCUGUAGUGCCAGUUGUUUGGGUGGUGUGGAGGAGCUCAUCAUUAAUUGUGUGCGUGAGGAUAAUGGUCGUGUAGUAUCACCAUUUUUGUGUGCACCCGAAACAAAACCGGAAGCUCGUGUGCGUACCUGUAAUGAUAGACCAUGUCCGCCACGUUGGAAUUAUUCUGAUUAUACUCCCUGUUCGAAAUCUUGCGGUAUUGGUAUUAAGACCAGAGAAGUGCAAUGUAUACAUGAGGUGACACGAGGAGGUGAAAAUACGAUGGUAGUGCCUAAUAGCAUGUGUCCCCAGCCACCGCCAGCAGAUCGUCAGUAUUGUAAUGUUUUAGAUUGUCCAGUACGCUGGGAGGUAGGAGAAUGGUCCAAAUGCUCACACACCUGCGGUUAUGGUUUUAAAGAACGUAAGGUAGAAUGCAAGCAAAUAAUGGCUCAGGAGCACAAAAUCGAGAGACCAGAAUCCAUGUGUCCCAGUGCCAAGCCACCAGAUAAGAAACCCUGCAAUGUUAAACCCUGUCCACCCGAAGAUCCCAAACCUGUCAUACAAAUUAGCAAUACUACUCAUAUACAACAUGAUCCAAAAAAAUCAAAAAUUACUUUAAAAGUUGGUGGUGCCGGUGUGGUGUUCUUUGGUACUCAAGUGAAAAUAAAGUGCCCUGUUAAACGUUAUAAUCGUACUAAGAUAAAGUGGAGUAAAGAUCAUAAACCUUUGGCAAAGUCUAGGAAAUUUAAGGUAUCCAAAAAGGGAGCUUUACGUAUUCUAGAUAUAACUUUCCGUGAUGCGGGCAUUUAUUCAUGCCAUGCUGGCUUGAGUAGUGCCGAAAUAACGAUAGAUGUCAAAGCGAAACCAGGUCAGAAGCAGGAAGAAUUGGAAAGACAUGAAUCUGAUCGUUUAGUAAGAGAAAGAAGUGGCACGGAACCGCUAACGGCAGCAGAUAUGACAGCAACGGAUAACAGCACCCAAACCACACGUCGUAAACAGCAACAAAAUGCCAGAGAACGUAGUCGUCGUCCAAAGUCAGAUGUUGUGCAACAGCAUGCGGAUAGCAGUAUAAUGGGCGAUGAGCAUUCACAUUUAGUGCAGCAGGCCCAGGAUGGUUUGCCACAGCCUAGUGCUAGUAGUGGUAGCAGCCGCACCAACACUUUAUUAGCCAUGCCAUAUUUUCAGGCUUUACUCAGUAACCUACAGUAUUUAUGGCCAUCAUUCCAGAAAUUUAGCAAUUCUCGUGGUCAUCAUAUGUUGGCGGAUAAUAGAUUUCAAUAUGGCAUUGAUUUUAAUCGUCCACAACAAGAGUUGCUGCAACAGCAGCAGCAACAUCAACAACAUCACCCUAACUAUUUGGCAGAGUUGGAGGAAUUACGCAAAUCACAACCACAAAUUAUAACCAAAGACUUGACAUUAUCCUCGACAAAAUACAACAGCAACAACAACAAUGAUGAUGUUGAUGACGAUGAUGCUGCUGAUGAAGAUAUAGAUUUGGGAAAUACAGAUGAUGAUAUGGUUGCACAAACGGAUGUAGUUAUAAAUGCAGAUGGUGUUGAUAGCAGUGAAGGAGCCGAAGGACAAUCAACAUUACAUUUACCUCAUGCCAGAUGGCCAAAUCAUUGGACGGAUAUGAAUUCACAAUUAUCCGAAACAACACCCUCAAUCACGUACAAAUGGCUAACGAGUCCUUGGUCCGAAUGUUCACAAAAAUGUGGAGCUGCUGGUUCAGGCUUAAGGAGACGUACUAUUACGUGUGUUAGAAUCAAUUUUAAAAAUAAUCAACUAACGGCACAAGGAAUGGAAGCAAGCAAUAUACAGCAACAAGAAGAAUCACAACUACUGACCGUUGAUGAAGACAAUCAAGAGGUUGUGGAUAAUGCUUUGUGUGAGGACUAUGGUUUAAAUAUACCCGAUACUUUUGAGACGUGCGGCAAUGAAGAGUGUCCACGUUGGCUUAAGAGCGAGUGGACGCUGUGUCAUCAAUCACGUUGUUUUGGCCGCAAUACAGCCAUACAAAAACGUGAGGUCUCUUGUCGUUUUGCCAACGAUUCGUUGGCCACAACAUGUCCGGAAUAUGAAAAACCCAUAAGUCGUCAGGAAUGUUAUAAUGAACGUUGUCGUGGUGUUUGGAGAGUAGAACCUUGGUCGGAGUGCAAUGCACCUUGCGGUCGCCAGGGUAUUAAAUAUCGUGUACUGCAAUGCGUUUGGUAUGGCACCAGAAGACCAGCAGGAAAUGCCUGCAAACAUCAAACCAGACCAGCCGUUAUGAAAGUUUGCAAAAGUCCACCAUGUUAUGCAAAAGCUUUACAACAUUGUAAAGAUACUUCACGUUAUUGCCGCAAUGUACGUUCCAUGGGCUUAUGUCGUUUACAUCGUUAUCAAGAGAAAUGUUGCAAAUCCUGCAAAUAUAAUAACAUUCCAAAUUAGCACACAUUUAAUAAUCAUCACAAUCAUCAUUAUUAUCAUACUCAACCACAUUAUUAUCAUCAUCAACAACAACUACAAGAACAAAUAGAACAUCAACUACAGCCACCAGCAGUUGUAACAACAUUAUACACCUUUGGUGAAACCAUAUUUGCACCAAAAAAUGUUACAUAACCAAACAAAAUCCAACGACAAAGACGACACUUUUUUCUAACCAACAGCAGAAUAAAUGGAGUGUCAAGAUUUUAGUAUAAUAUUACUAAAUAAAGCCGCAUUAGAAAAGUGAAAGAGAAAAACAAAAAUUAUGGAAAACGAAGCAAUUAUAGUUAAAUGAAAAAAAUUAAAUUAUAAUUUUUGAUAUUACUAUUUUUAAAAUAUAACGAAAAAAUAACAAAGAAUAUAUAUAGCAAACGAUAAACUAAUCUUUAAAUAAUUAAAAUAAAUAUAUAAAUUUGCAAAAAGAGCAAAUUAGACGAAGUUAAAAGAAAAUCCUAUAAUAAAAAUCUUUAAAAUUUUAGGCUUAAAAGAAACAAAUAAGACCCUUUAGUUUAACAAAAAAAAAUGAUUUUAAAAAUCGGCACAUUUUAGUUAAUAACUAAAACUUUAACUUAAUUAUUAUAUUUAAUAUUGUAAUAGGCCUAUAAUUAACAAAACAUAUAGAAAAAGACAAGCGAUAUUUGUUCAACUGAAAUGGCUUGAGUCAGUUUCCUCUAAUGGUUGUUAAUACAGUGUUAGCUGUAUCAAACAAAAGUUUUCUUGGUCCAUAAUAAAAUAUUCCGCUGUACAAUAAUUAAAAUUUCAAAAAUUCUUAAAAGUUUGACCUUUGACCUUAAAAGCAUAAAGUGACUUGCUUUGCGUAGGAUUAUGUCAAAUUCUUUAAAAAUCUUAAAUAUUUAGAAAUUACACUUUUGAUUGUUAAUUAGAUUAAGGUUUCGAUUUGGUUAUAGUCAUACGUAGUUCGCAGCCAUAAUUGUAUCUAAAGUUUUCCCCCUUAAUCUAAUUGCCUUAUUAUAACAAUCUAUCAAAGGUUUAUGGAACAUAUUUUGUAUGAUAAUUUGUCUUAUAAACCUUUGAAAAAUUGUUAUGAAUAAAGCUCUAAAAUUUUUUCUGUAUUUUAUAAAAUUGUUUUAAAAGUUAUAAAUUUGAACUUUGACCUAAGUGGCGCACAAUUUAAAAUGGUCCCAAUUGUGAAUACAGCGACAGUUGUAUUCAACGAGCUUUUUUCAUCGAGGAUUAAUAUGUCUCGGAAUUUAAGGAAAAAUCUCCAAACAGUUUAAGUUUGACCUUUGACCUAAGGAGUGAAAAGUUUGAAUUUACUUACAUAUUCAAAAGGUAAGAAAAUAAUUAGAUGUUGUUUAAAUAGGGAUAAAAAAUUCCUAAAUAUUUUGAGCUAUACUUUUGAUUGCCGUUUUCACAAGAAUUGGAACUAAUGUCCUUAUUAACCCCUGUCAUACUUUCUAAAAUCUCCUUAUUAUUUACGAAUUCAAGUUUAUCUCCUCAUCCAUUAGAUCUUUGCUUUCAACUUGGAAACUACAUUAUAACAAGGCCUAGAAUUUUUGACAUAUUUUUUUACAUACAAGUAUUAUGUAAAAAAUAUGUCAAAAAUUCUAUUUUAGUUUGACCUGGAACCAUAUAUAUUAGUUUAACCUUUAAGUUUUUUUUAACUUCAGAUGCUGAAAUGGGUAUAAAAUCUGGCAUAAACUGAUUAAAAACUUUUGAGGUAUGUUUUACAUACUAGUUUGAACAUACAUAAUAGUGUGACCUUUGACCUCAGAAACGAAAAAUUAGUUGUUCAAACAUAAUAGUUUGACCUUUAACCUUAAAAACGGAAAAAAAAGUUUUAUAUAACUUUAGUUGCCGCAAUGGGUAUAAAAUCAUGUAUAAAUUGACCAAAAAAUGUUGAGACAUUUUUAACAUACUAAUUUGACUAUACUUAAGAGUGUGACCAUUGACCUUAGAAACAAAAUAACAAGUUUUUCUAUAAAUUUAGUUGCUAAAAUUGGUAGAAAAUCCUGCACUGGAAUAUUUCUAUAUCUAAAGCUCUCAAAUCUUUUGGAAUGGAUCUAUGGACCUCCUUCUAAUGUUCGAUGCUUUUGAAAUUGUUUAACUUUCUUGAAAACUGCUUUCACUUUCCAAACAAAUUUAACAAUUUACUGUUUGUCGCUUGCAUUGUGUUUUGUUUAUUAAAACAUAGACAUUAAUACGAAAUUAUAUAAUAAAUUAUUGAAUAUAUUUUUAAACUGUAUUAAUUUUUAUAAUA